GACCGCUCAAAUUAUUGGAAAACAAAAUCAUGAAGGUUUGCACAAGAUAGCUAAAGGCUUCCAGAAAAAGAGUUAGCAAAAACUCAGGAUUCAGGAAUAUCCGAAUAUGAGUUUUGGACCCACCGACACCGACAUCUAAGGUUCUUGUAUAAUCCUGUCUUUCACCUGUUAGCCGCCAUCUACUGAUCUAUUCAUCCACCCAUAUUUCUCCUUCUUCUCAACCCUCUGAAGAAUCUUGAUAGAAUUACAUACUGACAAAGAAAAAGAUCGUAAUUUUCGUUUUUAUACCACCAUGCCUUGGUUUAGAAAUCUAAUCCAGCUCACCACCGCCACUACCCGCAAACAAUCAUCGUUCAAGGCGGCGUUCCCGGCGGCUGCGCCGCCGUCACUAACCCAGUGUCUGUUGUUUAGUACGGAAGCAAAGAGUGGCGGCGGCGGGACGAGGUAUGCGGGGUUGGGGCCCACGAAGGCGGAUGAGAAGCCCCGAGUGGUGGUGCUGGGGACGGGGUGGGCGGGGUGCAGGCUGAUGAAGGGGAUCGACACCAAUAUAUACGAUGUUGUUUGUGUGUCGCCGAGGAACCACAUGGUGUUCACACCUCUGCUGGCCUCCACUUGCGUCGGCACUCUGGAGUUCCGAUCUGUUGCUGAGCCUGUCGGCCGGAUCCAACCCGCAAUUUCCCGGGAACCCAAUUCUUAUUUCUUUCUUGCUACUUGUUCUGGAAUUGAUUUCAACAACCAUACAAUAAAGUGCCAAACAGCGACAGAUGGAGUUGAAACUCCUGAGCCAUGGGACUUCAGUAUCUCGUAUGACAAGUUGGUAGUUGCCGCGGGAGCAAAAGCCUUAACCUUUGGAAUUAAGGGAGUGAUGGAACAUGCUAUCUUUCUUCGGGAAGUUUACCAUGCUCAAGAAAUAAGGAGAAAACUCCUCCUAAACCUGAUGCUGUCUGAUGUGCCCGGAAUUAGCGAUGAAGAAAAGCGCAGACUCCUGCACUGUGUUGUCGUUGGAGGUGGCCCCACGGGAGUUGAGUUCAGCGGGGAACUUAGCGACUUCAUCAAGAGGGAUGUUCAUCAAAGAUAUGCUCAUGUAAAAGAUUAUAUUCAUGUCACACUAAUUGAGGCUAAAGAGAUUUUGUCUUCCUUUGAUGAUCGUCUUCGUAUAUAUGCAACCAAACAAUUGACCAAGUCAGGAGUUCGUCUGGUACGUGGGGUUGUACAAGAUGUGCAACCAAAGAAGAUAAUUCUUAAUGAUGGCACGGAGGUCCCAUAUGGCUUGUUAGUGUGGUCUACUGGGGUUGGACCGUCUUCGUUUGUGGAAUCUCUGGAUAUUCCAAAAUCUCAUGGAAGGAUUGGAGUUGAUGAAUGGCUACGUGUCCCUAGCGUGCAGGAUGUAUUUGCAAUCGGGGACUGUUGUGGCUUCCUCGAAAGUACAGGCAAGCCCGUACUUCCAGCCUUGGCUCAGGUUGCAGAACGUCAAGGAAAGUAUCUGGCAACGCUAGUGAACCAAAUUGGCAAAGCUGGCGGGGGGAAAGCAAAUGCUGCCAAGGAUUUGGACCUCGGGGAUCAAUUCGUUUAUAGGCAUUUGGGCAGCAUGGCAACCAUAGGCCGGUAUAAGGCGCUUGUUGACCUUAGGCAGAGCAAGGAGGCGAAAGGCGUAUCGAUGGCAGGAUUCACAAGCUGGUUUAUUUGGCGCUCGGCUUACCUGACUCGUGUGGUCAGCUGGAGAAACAGAUUCUACGUCGCUAUCAACUGGUUGACGACUUUGGUGUUUGGUCGUGAUAUCAGUCGGAUAUAAGAAACGAACGACCAAAAGGCGCCCUCGGUUCAUGCCUGCAGAAACGCACCGCGAUUUGCUGCUGCUCGAGCUCAGUUCUGGUAAAAUCCUUCUUCUUGUUGCAGGAAAUCUUUUUACAAGUUCAUGUUUUCCUCCAUCCUCUUCAUCAUCACACCGUUGCAAUGAAUCAUUACUGCAGAUGAAAAGAAUAACUUCUUGCAAUUCAGAGUUCUUUGUUUCUUACUUUUCUUGCCUUCUUUUUCAUCUGUAAAUCUUUGCCAAACAGAAUUAUUUUACUUGUAUAAUUUGUGUUGAUCCUGCAUCCCCCCUCCCCUCUUUUUUACUUGGAAGUGGAUAGAUUUCCUUAUUAA